AUGGGAGAGGAAGAACCAGUGACUGAAGUUGCUAAGACUGGUUCAAAUGGCGGUAGCAUUGCGGCCAAGACGUUAGAUGAAGUUGUUGAAAAGAAAGAUUUGGAAACUGAUGGAGGGAAAGUUUUGGAGAGUAAUGGACUCAAGGAAAUUGAAAAGGAUAAGAAAGCCGUUGAUGUGGAAGAGGUAAAAGAGGAUGAGAAAGCAGGUAUAGUGGAAGAAGUAAAAGAGGAUAAGAAAGAUGAUGGGGUGGAGGAAGUGAAAGAGGAUAAGAAAAAUGAUGGGGUGGGGGAAGUGAAAGAGGAUAAGAAAGAUGAUGGGGUGGGGGAAGUAAAAGAGGAUGAGAAAGAUAAUAAUGCUGAUGAAGUAAAAAAGGUGACAGAAGAUGAUGCGGUGGAAGAAGUAAAAGAUGAUAAGAAAGAGGAUGUGGCUGAAGAAGUAAAAGAUGAUAAGAAAGAGGACGUGGCUGAAGAAGUAAAAGAUGAUAAGAGAGAGGAUGUGGCUGAAGAAGUAAAAGAGGAAAAGAAAGAUGAUGUGGCUGAAGAAGUAGAAGAUGAUAAGAAAGAUGAUGCGGUGGAAGAAGAAAAAGAGGAAAUGAAAGUUGAUGGGGUGGAAGAAGUAAAAGAUAAUGUGGUGGAAGAAGAAAAAGAGGAUAAGAAAGUUGAUGCGGUGGAAGAAGUAAAAGAUGAAGGGGUGGAAGAAGUAAAAGAUGAAGGGGUGGAAGAAGUAAAGGAGGAUACAAAAGAUGGUGAGGUGGAAGAAGUAAAGGAGGCUACAAAAGAUGGUGGGGUGGAAGAAAUAAAAGAGGAUAAGGAAAUCGAUGUUGCCGAGGAAGUAGAGGUGGAAAAGAAAGAUAAUGGAGAUGAAGAUGUAAAAGAGGAUAUGGAAGUUGGUAGUGUGAAAGAAGCAGUGGAGGAUAAGAAAGAUGAUGACAUACAAGAAAUAGAAGAGGAUGACAAAAAUGUUACUGAAUCUGAGAAUGAGGAAAUGGAUGUCGAUACUGAGGUUAAGGAAACUACAGAAGGUAAAGAAGAAAAGGAAAAAAUUGAAUCUGAAAAAGAAGAAGCAGAUUUGAUGGAAACAGAGGGUAGCAUUGAGGAAAAGGAAGAGGGCGAUGGAGAGGAGAAAACUGAAGCAGAGAUAGCGGAGAAGGAAGAGGGCGAUGGAGAGGAGAAAACCAAAGCAGAGAUAGAGGAGAAGGAAGAGGGCGAUGGUGAGGAGAAAACUGAAGCAGAGAUAGAGGAAAAGGAAGAGGGUGAUGAAAAGGAGGAAUCUGAAGCAGAGACAGUGGAGAAGGAAGAGGGUGAUGAAAAGGAGAAAACUGAAGCAGAGACGGAAGAGGAGCGGGAGGAGGAGGAUGACAAGGACGGUAUUGAUAAAUCAAAAGAAGAAGAUAAGUCAGAGGGUAGUAAGGGUGAGAAAGGAUCAAGAAAGCGUGCGAGAGGGAAGGUUAACGAGGAGAAAGUGAAGGAGAAAAGAAAGGAACUGAAACAGCUAGAGCCUAAGACUCCUACAAGUGAUCGUCCAGUUCGAGAAAGGAAAUCAGUUGAGAGGUUGGUAGCAAUAAUUGAUAAAGAGACGAGCAAAGAAUUACACAUUGAGAAGGGUCGUGGCACACCUUUAAAAGAUAUACCCAAUGUGGCAUAUAAGUUAUCUAGAAGGAAAACUGAUGAUAGUCUCAAGUUGCUUCAUACAAUCCUCUUUGGGAGGAGAGGGAAGGCAGUUCAGGUCAAGAGUAAUAUAUUGAGGUUUUCUGGUUUUGUAUGGCAUGACAAUGAGGAGAAGCAAAUGCUUAAAGUAAAAGAAAAGCUAGACAAAUGUUUUAAAGAGAAGUUACUGGAAUUCUGUGAUGUGUUUGACAUAACAGCAAUCAACAAGUCAACAAUAAAAAAGGAAGAUGUUAUUACUAAGCUGAUAGACUUUUUGCUUGCCCCUCAUGCAACCACAACUGUGCUACUUGCAGAAAAAGAGUCCAGUAAAAAGCGCAAGCGUCCUGUAAAACGAGGUACAUCAAGGUCUAGGACUAGUACUUCAAGAGGUUCUGCAAAGAGGCAGAAGAAAACUGAAAGUUCUUCAGGAGUGGAGAAAAAGAGCACAACUGACACAGAAGAUGAAUCAGAGGGAGAGGAGAAAAAUGAAGAAAAUGAGGAUGAAACUGACAAUGACAUUCCUGAGAAAUCUGAAGAUGAAACGGCAGAGAAAUUUGAAAGGGAAGAUAAAAGCGAUUCUGGUAGUGAAUCUGAUGAUGUGAAAAAAAAGAGGAAACAUUCUAAAUCAUCAUCUGCGAAGAAAGAGUCCUCUGGAAGAAGCAAAAUCGAGAAAACUAUGGUCACAAAUAAAUCUCGCUCACCACCUAAGAGAGCACCUAAGAAAUCAUCAAAUACCCAACCAAAGUCUGAUGAUGAUAUUGAUGAAAGUCCAAAGGUAUUUUCUAGGAAGAAGAAAAAUGAGCAAGGGGGAAAGCAGAAGAUAUCAACUUCAACUCCAACUAAGUCUUCAUCAAAGUCCAAAGAGAAAACUGCAGAAAAGGUUGCCAAGGGAAAAGGCAAGAAGAAAGAGAAGUCCUCAAGUCCCAGUGAUAAUCAGUUGCGCGAUGCAAUAUGUGAAAUUCUUAAAGAAGUUGACUUCAAUACGGCCACAUUUACUGACAUUCUGAAGCUACUCGCUAAACAAUUUGAUGUGGAUCUCAACCCAAAGAAGGCAGCUAUCAAGCUCAUGAUUCAGGAGGAGCUGACAAAACUAGCUGAAGAAGCAGAUGAUGAUGAAGACGAUGAUGAUGAAGAAGAGGCCGAGAAAGACGAAGGCCGAUCUACCGGCCAGGAGACCUAA